AUGGCUGCUGUGGCCCAAUUACACAAGGCUGGCCGGCGCAAUCGCAUUCCUCUAUCAUGUGAUCCCUGCCGCAGUCGCAAACUGAAGUGUAAUCGCGAGCAGCCCUGCCAGAAUUGCACGGCACGCGAUGAGCUGUCUGCUUGCAAGUACAAGGGCUCAAGGAAUGUUUCGACACCAAUAGCCCAUCAUGAAGCACAUGGAGAUCCUAUGCAGCAGCGGAUCGAUCACCUAGAGGGUCUAGUGAAGAAGCUUAUAGAAACUCAGCGCAAGGAUUCCACUGUUGGAGGUAGUGACGUCGGUAAUCCCCACCCAAGAUCUAAGCAUGCAAGUCUCGAUGUAGCGUCAGAUGCUUCAGAUGUGGGCCACAGUACCGGAACAACGGUGAUUGAUAGCACUCAUUCUGUGUACAGAGGUGCAGACGAUUGGUUUGAUGUGCUACAAGAAAUCAACCAACUCAAGAAGUUCUGGAACCAAAGCCAAGACGACCAGGCCAGCUACCAUGACGUGCAGCCCAAUCUGUCUCACAUGGUUGAUGGCUCAAGUUUACUCUUUGGUCAUGUCAAACCUGUUGAAAAAAUGGAAAUACUGGCAACGUUGCCGCUGAAAUCAGAGGUUGAUAGGAUGAUACCCUGGUUUUUCGAUCACGAAAACUUUCCCAUUAUAGUUCCCCCAAUACUACAUGAGGCAACUUUUAUGAGCGAGUACGGUGAACACUGGAAAAAUCCUUCCAAAACAAACAUCAUAUGGCUAGGCCUGCUUUUCUCGAUUCUUGGAAUCACCAUGCUCGCAUAUCGUCAAGUCGGCGAACCACCAGAAUACGAAGGCCUCUCCGAAUCGCUGUUCCAACUAUACCGGAUACGCACAGCGCAGUGUCUACUUGUUGGCGACAUUGCAAAAUGUUUACCAUAUACUCUGGAAACCUUGCGUUUCAACGCGACUGCCGAGUUAAAUCGAAAAGACGACAACAGUCGCGGUCUAUGGAUAAUGACCGGAGUCAUUGUUCGGGUCGCAAUCAACAUGGGUUACCACCGAGAUCCUUCUCAGCUAUCUUCUAUUUCGGCCUUGCAAGGCGAAUUCCGUCGUCGGAUCUGGCUGUCAGUAGCGAGCAUGGACGAUAUGUCCUCAUUUGGAGGCGGCUUUCCUCGCAUGAUCCCGGCAAUAUAUUCGGAUACGAUGGAACCGCGCAAUUUGCAUGAUUGGGAGUUGUCAUUUGACGAGAAUACAACCAAUCUCCCGCCAUCAAGACCACUGAUGGAGUAUACCCCAGUGUCCUAUAUGAUUGUCAAGGGCCGCGUGUUUCGAGCGCUCGGCCGCAUCGCCGAUUUUAACAACAAUCCGACUCUGAACUCUUCUUACGAGACUGUGCUCGAGAUCGACAAAGCUUUGAGCGAGGCACAUAUCCAAAUUCCACCGUACAUGAGAAUCCACCUGGAACAAGACUCGGAUGAGUGCCCGUUUGAUCAAACUAGCAAAUUAGCUUUCUCAAGUCUGAGUGUCGAAUGCAUGUAUCACAAAGGAAUGUGCACAUUGCAUCGAAAGUUCAUCGCCAAGGCUAGAUUCAACUCUCGAUUUGAUCUUUCUCGAGAACGAUGCAUUACAUCUGCACUGGCACUGCUAAGUUGCCAGCGGUUUUUGGUGCCCUCUUGGUAUCAAUUUUCCCAAAGUAGACAAAUGCUGGUGCUCGCGGCCAUGGUGCUCUUUUUGGAAUUAGAACUGCGCCGGCGCGACUCGACAGAUAUGCAGGCAUCUUCUUCUAUUCUACAUGCAUUGGAAAAGUCUUGCGGUUUCUGGAAAGAGGCUAGAAGCUCUUGUGAAGAAGCUUCGAGGAUACAUCAAACCCUUGCAAGGAUGCUUUCGAGCUUUCGAGACGGUCCUACUAACUCUUCCGCGACUGCUGUUACAACCACUAGUCCUUAUCACGCAAUGAUCACCCCAGAGUCAUUUGAAGACUUCCCGAGACCAAUGUUGACAAGUUCGCCAUCUCAACCAACUUACGACGAAAAGGGCUUUUCUUUAGAGCGAGAUUUAUUUACGAUGCCAAAUGACAUGGAAAUUGACUGGGCUACAUGGGAUUCGUUUAUUGAGGGCAAUGGUUUUGAAGACGGAGCUUUAUAUUGA